CUCGAGUUAUUGAGACCAAGGUUGUCAAAACGGUUUGUGUCAGUGUGCCGAUUUAGCAAGUGGAAUGGUUCGACCGGUGGUACAUACGGGUAUGUGCCGGUUUAUGCCGGUUAAUAUUACAAAUAAUUUACAAAUACUCAUAUUUAAGCACGACAUUUAACGUCAAUACCUAAAUUUGUACUUGAAUCCAACAAAUAACAUCAACAUUUAACUUUUUAACACAUAAAAUAAAUAAUAAAUUACUUUUUAUCAAAUAAAUUCACUAAUAUAAGAUCAUUUUAUUUAGAGAUUCGUAUAUCGAUCAUGCCGAUCAUACCGGUGGUGUCAUACCGGUUUUAUGACCGGUACAGGUUGAACCAGGUUCAACCAGUGAUACGGCGGCCGACGUGACAACCAUGAUUGAGACCAAUUGGUUAUUGCACGACAAGAAGAAAUAGAUUGGACAAGAAAGAAAAAGAAAGGAAGAAAAACAAGGAUUAUAGUACAUAUACUAAAAUGUUCUUGUCGUUCGAUAAUAUGUAACUAAACAACUAAAUUAGAUUGUAUAGACUUUGAAGUCUAAUCUAAAAUUCGAAUUGACUUGCGUAAUAAAAUACAAAUUUACCCUUAAAUUGAAUAAAAAAAGGGGCAUGUUUCCAUCUUUAUCCAAGUCACGGUUUGGUUUUAUCAUGAAGAAGCCACCAUAGAUUACUUCCACAUGUGCCUUUCAAUUUUUUGCACAUAUAACAGCCAAAACCCUUCUUGUUUACUCCACAUGGCCAAAAAGAAAAUCCAGCUCCAACACCUCCCAACAACCAUGAGUCCAAUUCAUAUCAUAACAAACGAUGCAAACAUGUUACCAACCAUUAUUGAACUAAAGCUGUGUGCCUGGUUUCUUCUAAGUCAACCCUAUAUUGAUGGACAGAGGAUAAAAUGGGAAGUUCAACCUGUUCAUACCAUACUAAUGAAACAGUUUAUUGUUUAACCUUCGAUAAUAUGAGUUUUUUUUCCACAAUACUGAAACGGUACGGUUUCACAAACAUCGAUAAUAGUCGACAAUUCAUAUCAUGAACAAUUCUAUACAAAACAACAAAGGGAAAAAUAAAUCGCAAGCAAUCUCAUGGAUUCCAGACCAGUGGCGGAUCUUAGGGGGGAAGCCACCACCCAACCCUUCCCUGGUUCAUAUCUAGAAUAGUAAACGAGAUUUGCUGGCUUCUAGCCCUCUUCACCUCUUUUGAACAACUACUAAUCAGUAUCUUAAUUUUCUUAUUUAUUCUAAAUGCGGUUCGGUGCCCUACUUGUAAGGAAGUGGUUAAGUACCAUACACGGGCCUGUAUAAGAUCCAGCAUAACCUUCUCCCAACAACUCGAGUUAUUGGGACCAACUGGUUUAUGAAAUGGUAUCAGAGUUGGUUUGUCCUUGAGGUCAAACCAGCUCUGAUAUUAACCGUUGUCUUCAAGCACAUGGUAUGGCGGGCCUGUGCAAACUUCAAGCCCAUGGGUCGGCUUUCGUUUGAGGGGGCGUGUAAGGAAGUGGUUAACCACCAUACACUGGCCUGUAUAAGAUCCAGCAUAACCUUCUCCCAACAACUCGAGUUAUUGGGACCAACUGGUUUAAUCCGCCGCUAUUCCAGACUCGACCUAAUGUAGCACGGGAUAGAGGGCUCUGGUACAUCAAAUUUUGAGUCCACAAGUGCCUCUGUCUUUUGUUCCUGGUGCCCUUCAAAGGGAAGAGUGUCGGCAGUAGCUAGCGGGUUGAUGGAUUUUCUGCGGCCGAGAGAGGAAAAGGGCCGAGGCCAACGAAGAUGGGCCCAUCUGAUUUUGAUCCAUUAACACCCUUCGUUACCACAAACUCUACUCAAUUAGUGGUCUACGCUAGUUGUAAACUUCAUUGUUGGUAAUUUUGAUAUACAUAUAGAGUUUUUAAUUUUGCUUUGAGGGAUUGGCAAUUGGGAUAUGAUAAUAUAUUUUAAUUUUUAAUAAGUCGCUCAACUGUCGUUUAUGAUUCUCUAAACUCAAACCAUACGACCAAACUUAUACAAAAAAAUAAUAACCAAUGAUUUUUUAUUAUCCGAAGUAUAUCAAAGUACAUUUAAUUGAAGUGAAUAUAAACAUAUACUAUAUGUCGAGCGGUACGCUAGCAUUCGCCAUAGGUAUAUAUUCUAUUUUCAAAACUAUAUUCUUUCUAAGUAAUUGAUUGUAUUUAUAUACCAGACAAAGCUUGUUGUUAUCAACCGUCCUACUCUAGUUCAAAACUGUAUAUUCUAUCCUUUGCUUCAACGAUAGCAUGAUUGUCAUAAGAACAUUAAUAAUACAGAAUAAUUUAUACCCAAAAAAAAAAAAAAAAACUGGACAAGAGACCAGAAUUUUGAUGGUACCGUUUAUACCCAUCCAAGCAUAUGGAGGUCAAAGAAACGUUCACCACAGAGGAAAAACAUUUUCAUUGAAAAGAACAAUGCGUUUUCUGACUAGCAAAAUAUUAAUCACCAGCUGGGUUUUAGACCAAUGAGAUAUUUUUGCUAACAUUUCAUUUAUUUAUAAAAUAAUAUUCUAGGACCGGGUAAAACAUUGAAAUAAGUAUUUUAGAGAUUUUUCCCGAGUUUAUUUUUUUAAGAUUUGACGAGUUCGUACAUCUUUAAAAUUUUGGUUGGGUUAGAAUCGUCUUAUAUGUGUUCGAUCUAUCGUUAAAUGGAGGUUAAUCAAACCGAUAGAUCAUAUUCAUAUUUCUUGUUUUGGUCGCGGAUAUGACCGAGGUUGUGACCCAUCUUGUCGUCCCGUCAUACAUAUAUAUGAAAAUAGUCAAAAUUUCUAUAUAUCUAAAUUAACGUUAAUAUUUAAUUCAGUGAAGCAAUCAAUUAAGUAAAUAAGCACAAUUAUUCAACCACGAAUCAAGUGGUAAGACAUGCGCUUUCGGAUAAAAAUUGUCACAAACUAACGAACUACCAACAAAAUUAUCAGUCAAAACAUAUGCUCUCAUAAAUUUACCUACAAUUCAUAAACAUCAAGAUAACAUUCGACGUAUUCGCCAAUCUGACUCGUCAUUCAAAAAAAAUCUCACUAAUUAAAUUUUAAAAUAUGAAGAGAGCUUCACAAUGACAAGUAGCUUGCCCACCAGCCAUAAACCUAUAAGUUAAUUUUUGCUUCCAACUUCCCACCCACCAUCACCCCUUUUCUAGUUCCUCCUCUUCCUUCCUCCCUCCCCUUUUUCUCAUAAGACAAAUUUCUAUUCUCUUUUGGCCUUCUAAGGAAGAUCUCAUACAUUAUAUAAUAAAAAUUUGUUUGGGCUUUUUCCCCCUUCUCUUCAAGCCUUCAUAUUUAUCUAUUUCUCACCAAUUGAAAACCCCCACUCCAUAUUCUUAUCCCUCCCCUUUACUCCAACCCCAAACACAAAAACAGGGGAGAGCCCUUCCAAAGAACCAAAUACACAACAAAAACACACAAACUACUCUUCCUUCCCUCCUCUCUCUACCCUUUUCAUCUCUCUCUUCCUUCUCUCUUCUUCAAGGUAAUGCAAAAAAAAAAAAAAAGAUAUUCUUCCUCUGUUUCUCUCUGUUACAGCUGACUUGGCUCUCCCUCUGUUUUCUGGUACCAAAAAACAGAGUGUGGUGGAUGUUAUUAUUCUCGUAGAAAGUUUGUGAAUUGCGGCUGACUGAAGGGUUGGUGUCUCUUUUAAACAGGAGGGUCGGAGGAGAAAUGGCGGAUUGCGGUGGAAACCAGAGCCUCUACGCUCCUCAGGAAAUUCAGGUGGCGAACAAGUACGGUGGGCUUGCACCGAAGAAGAAGCCCUUGAUUUCCAAGGAUCAUGAACGUGCCUUCUUCGAUUCAGCUGAUUGGGCACUUUGCAAGCAGCAAGGAAGAGCAGGGGAGGCUCAGAAGACCACGGUGGCAGUAGAAACCUUGCAACCUAAACUAAAGAGGACGCCACAUCAGCAACUGCCACCUAGAAGGCCAGCGUGUACAUCCAGCAGCCACGGGGAGUCGUAUUGAUUAGGCAGCGUUUGGGAGAUUGUCAAAUUGGAUGCGAGGCAGAUGGUUUCGUGACUUUUGUAUCUCAGCUUCAAAUAUCCAUUUUGUAGAGAAAAAGUGGGAAUUUACUGUGGUACUAGUUUGGUUUGGUUUGGUUUGGUUGGGGCUUUUUCCAAUCGUUGAGUAAUGAGUAGCUUUUAAUAAACGUAUCAUGCGACCGUGGCCAUUAAUCUUAAUUAUUAUUAUUGUUACGCUAAUUUACGUUAUUAUUGCCACCAAACCUAACGGCCGAAGAAAUUAACGCAGGCUAAGUGUAUAAUAAUUAUGUUAUUCAUCGUUGCUUGUAGUUUGAGUAUGGUUUACGAAACCAGUGGCGUUCUCAAAAGUAAAUGCAUAAUCAUCAACAUUCAUCGUAAAAUCAUGAAUUCAUGAUCCGCUGUAACCCGAAUAGCUUGCGACAGGCCCACUAGCUGGGCCCAUGAGUUGAAGUUCACGUCUCUGAAGUCCAUGGUCUCGUGGUUGUGGUUUUUUUGUGUGUGUUUCACACUGUCUAUUUAUAACCGAAGCCCAAAUACCAUAUUGGGCUGAACUGGAGCCCAAACUGAUACUUGGAAAAGGCUAUCUCCUCUUGCUAAUUAUUUCGGAAUCUGGUUUAUCACCGUGACAAUCAGGAUAAACGGUGCUGACUAACGUGCUAAUGAUGGUCGAAUUGUUCGGUAUUUCAUGAACAAUGGGUGUACAGAGUAAGAGUCGUUUGUGAAAGUGUCGCGCUUUCAUCAGCCGUGAAACAAAUAAAAAAGCAUGCAGUAUAACCGUUUGAAUUAGGGUUAAUACCUUAUUUUGGCCCAAACUAUGACCAUAUAAUCAACUUUGGCCCGUGGUUUCAGAAAUUAACAUCCUAGCCUCAACUAUGCAGCAUAUAGACUCAAUUGGCCCGACAAAUAGUUUGACCGUCAAUUUGGACGGUCAACUCCGUUGACCGUUAGUCAACAUGCUAUAUCAUUGCCUAGUCAGCAUAAAAAUCAUUAAAAAAAUUCAAAUUCAAAUUAUUUUCCUAAUUUCUAUUAUUUAUCAUUUUCCAAUUAACCAAAAAAUAAAAUUCAAAAAAUAUAAAAUAAUUUUUUUGCGAUAUUUGAAAAUGAUAAAUUUUAUAAAUUAACCAAAAUUAUCAAAUUAAAUUUUAAAAAUUAAAGAAUUAUUAUAUAAAUUAUAUUUUUUUGGGAAGUUUUAAAAAUAUAAAAUAAUUUGAUAAUUUUUGGUUAAUUUAUAAAAUUUAUCAUUUUCAAAUUAUCCAAAAAAUAAAUGUAUUUUAUGUUUUUUAUAAUUUAUUUUUGGUUAAUUUGAUAAUAUAUAAUUUUUUAAUAAUUUUUAGGCUGACUAGGCAAUGACAUGGCGUGUUGACUAACGGUCAACGGGGUUAACCGUCCAAAUUGAUGGUCAAACUAUGUGUUAGGCCAAUUGAGUCUAUAUGCUGCAUAGUUGAGGCCAGAAUGUUAAUUUCUGAAACCACGGGCCAAAGUUGAUUAUAUGGUCAUAGUUCGGACCAAAAUAAUGUAUUAACCCUUUGAAUUAUAUCAUGAAGCUGAAACUCCCAUUGAGCAUCGAGAUUGUAGCCAGGGCAAUGGGUUGGUCCAUAUUGGAUCAAAUUGACGCUUGAAUCAGACCAUAACGAAUCAAAUAUAAUAUGGUUCGAUUCUUAGUCUCAUGAAUUUUAUAAAGGUCGAAGAAAAAUGGACCGGAUCAAAACGUAGCCAAUGCACAAUUGCGCAUUGGUCUGGUUCUUGGGGAAUGCGUUAGAGUGGUUAUUAAAUUUUGAGUAACCACAGUGGCUACUAACAUCUACACCUUUAAUUAUAUCUAUUUCAUCCUAUUUUUAAGUUGACGGUGAAGAUUAUAUGAAGGAUAAUUUUGGAAACGAAAAUAAUACAACACCUGAUUACUA